CGACCCUUUGGGCUGGACUCCCGUUCUUGCCCAAACUUCUUCUUCUUCCAUUGUUCAAAAGAAACAAAGCUUAAGAAAGCUGCGUGGACGUCUGGGGGAAAACGCACAAACAAAUCAGCAACCUUCUUAUCCGAUACAUACCCAUCAGAACAACAACAACAACAAAACCAGAAAAAGCAUGCUCAGCUCAGACGAUCCACAUGCAGUGUUCGUGGCAGGUUCCAACGACAAUCAAUACCUUCAACCCAAUGACCCUGAUAAAGCUUCCAACGCACCCAAGAAAAAGUCCAUGGAACGUAUUUCCAAGCUGUUCCAAAAGAAGCCCAAGAAACAACAAGCAUUACCAUCCUCAUUGACGUCGUCCUUUUCCUCCGUAUCAUUGACUUCCUCCAACUAUGAACAACCACAACAAAACCAUCAGGCACCGCCUAUUGUCAACAGCACGAAAAGUACAACCAGCAAACGGUCCAGCAGCCUUCGCAUUCCUUUCAGAGGAGGAGGUAGUGGAGACUCGACAAAGAGCACCGACACUGUCAACAAUGGUUACGCACAACAACAACCUUUGGAAAUUCGCUCGUCGCUCGAAAGACCACCUUCCAUGUCCAAACAAGACGCACCUUCACUUUCAAAAGAUGAUUCUUCAACCACUUCUAAUUCUGUCAAAGCAGGAGACGGCCGAGAUGAUGACAGAACGUCCAUUAGCAUCACAUCACCCUCAGGGCAAGAUUGUAACGGUAGUAACUGCAACAAAGAGUCGACCCCCGUUGCUGCAGGAGACACGAUAGUGCCAUUGGCGGCGGCUACAGCUGGCGCAAGCACGAAACGGACCAUGUCAACCCGGAGCACGGCAAGUUCUGCCGCUGGCGGCAAAGGAACUUGUGUAACUUCUGUGGUACCCUUAAAAGCUCAACUGGAACGUCAAAAACGCAUUCUCGAGAAUCUGCAAGUCGAGCAGCAACACUAUGAAAAGGACAACAAGGUUUUGUCGGAGAAGCUUGACGCGCUCAAGGCCAAAUACACGCAACGUGCUCAAGACAUGAAGCAGCUUCAAGAAAACUUUGAUGAGUAUCUCAAAGCACUUCGAGCCACGGGUGACGACCUUGACAGCGUGGGAGAAAAGAUCGAGAACCUCAAACAAGAUAUCCGUGAUCUGGCGAGCAUACUGGUGGAACGAGGCGAUGCGGAGGCAGCUACCAAGGCCCUCAGUACUUUUUGGUUAAACCUGAACACUGCCAUUGUCGGGAUGGGCAGCCCAUUACCCAAGCAUCGGCUGCAGAUGCUGACAGAAAAGUUCAUGAUGGACGUGCUCGUGCAGAAUUUGAAUUUGAACGUAUUUCCCGGCGUCGAUAAUGUGGAUGAGUACAAUCGGCUACAGUACUGGUUAGAAGACAACAUCAGUGAUCAACACGCGUUCUUCCCCGUACGAUUACGUCAAGAGACUGCGCUCAUGGUUGUUAAAAAGGAGAUGGAUAAGGAUAGCGACGUGCAUCGCUCACGGCAUACGACAUUGCAGAACAACUGGAAAUACUUAUACAGCGGCAUCGUCAAGGCUUUCCCGUUCGUUUAUCAGCAUGACAAGGCUGAAGCAGAUGUACGGAAACAUUAUGGUGCUAAAGUCCAGCUUUUGGUCGAGCAAGCAAUCAAUCUUGGAUUAGCCAUCAAGGGUCAAGAAUUGGAUGUCACGGCUGCUGCUGUGACAGAAGGAGAACAAGCAUUUGAUCCGGAGAUCAUGGAAGAUGAGGAUGGUCAAACGUCGGGUACUGUGGGCUUUUGUAUAUGUCCCCCGUUCGUCGUAGGAAAUCCUGCUCCGAUAAGAACACUGAUAAAAGGUCGUGUACUCUGUAAUCCCCCUAACAACCCUGCGUCACGGUAAAAAAAAAAAGGGCGUAUCUCAUCGUUUUCCCCUGCCUCUAUAUAUAUAUAUACACACACACUAAAUUCCAUAAAGCUCCUUCGCUAUUCCCUUUAUCACUUGGAAUAUCUAAUGUAACACCCGCAUUAUUUCACGAAUUUUAAAUCAAGUAAAAACCUUUAUACGCUGAC